GACUUGUACUAUUUAGCUUUUGGUUAUCCUGAAAAGGAACUAUGCAGUGAUAUUGCUUUAAUAACUGGUGGAGGCAGUGGUUUGGGUAGACUAUUGUCGCUACGUUUGGCAAAAAUGGGUACCAAAGUAGUAAUAUGGGACAUAAAUAAACAAGGCAUCAAUGAGACCGUCAAAAUGGUGGAAGAAUGUGGUGGUUUCUGUAAAGGUUAUGUUGUGGACAUUUCCAAGAAAGAAGAAGUCUAUCAAGCAGCGGAAGUUAUUAAACAUGAAGUUGGUGAUGUAAGUAUUUCAUUUGUUUAAAUAAUUUCUUAGGAA